UGCCGUUCGAUUCUCUUCUCCUCCGUGUCUGCAGUCAACUGUCUGCUUCCUGUUUUCGAUUUCCUUUCGGCGCUCCUCAGUCUCGUGCAUCUCUUACACGCGCAUGCGCAUCUGCGCGAACUUCGCGAUCCAACGCAACAGAAAAGGCUUCUUCUUCCUCGCGGCCGCUGCGACGGGUCUCUGCACCUCGAGUUUCUGUUUCUGCGUUUUCUUUUCGAUUUCCAUGCCCGCAAUUCUUCUUGCCGAGAAGGCAAACAUACUCUGCCUCUCUCUUCCGCGUCUCCUCCGGCGACGAGUGCCGGAACUUCUGUUCCGCUUGAAGACUCUCUGUACCUUCCAAAAGCACGAUGACUGUUCACAGAAGCUGCGCGUAUACUGGGCUUCCAGUGUGUUCAUGUCCAGAGGGAUGCGAAUCCCCUGUUCGCUUCUCAACCGCUCGUAAAGUCACUCCGGUCACCUGUUUCGUUGCAGCUCCUGACCCUGCAGGGUGGCCAAAGCCUUCUUCUCUCUCUUCUUCUUCUCUCUCUUCUUCUUCUCUCUCUUCUUCUUCUCUCUCUUCUUCUUCUGUGCCUUCCUCUGCCGCUUCUUCUCCAUGUUGCUCGUUCUCUAGCUCUCCGUCGUGCUCGCCGUUCGCUUCUUUUUCGUCCUCAUCAUCUUCGUGCUUCUCUCCUCAGCCUGCCUUGUCAGCGCUGGCUUCUUCUUUCUCUCCUUCGCGACCGCUGCUGGGGGAACCAGUUCAGGGAUGCGCGACGCGAGCGCCUCCCGCAGAGGGGAGUCAGGGCGCCGCAGGCGUGGUGCGGCCUCCGCUGCGUCCUGGGGAAGAGGUCGCUUUCACCCUCGCGGAGAUCGGACAGAUGGUUGAGAGUCAGAGGCAGCAAGUCAUCAGCAACCUCCGCAAACGCGUCGCUCAAAGGGAGUACUGCAUCUACUGCGAAAGAAACUGUAUCGAAACCAAUAGCUCUUCCUCUUUCUGCCCGCAGUGUCAAGCCUCCACUCUCAACAGAGGUUCCUCUUCUCCCUCCUCUCCUUCUUCGCUCUCUUCCUCUGCUUCAUCCUCUGCUUCUUCCUCUUCGUCUGCCUCUGCUUCUGCUCUCUCUUCUGCGCGUCUUCUGCCAGAUGGCCAUGACCCAAAUGCCGUUCUGCUUCUCCCCUCGCUGUCUGCGAGUCGAGGCGAGCGAGGCUUUUCUUCUUUUCUCCCCGGUCCCCGAAACGAGGAAGACGCGCGUGCCUACGAGGAGGAGCUCGCGGCUCGCGGAAAAGUUUUUUUUGCUGCAUGCGGGGCAGAGCCGCUGCGCACUGGGGAGGAAGGCGAGGAUGCAGACGAACGAUUCGUCCUGUCCUGUCGCCAGAGGUCUUGCAGAAGAGACCCUCGAGACUUUAAGGACUUGCUCGUCUGCUUCAGGUGCAGACAAUCACACCAUGCAAGCUGCUGCGACCCUCCGCUUAACUUCGAGUUGGUGACUCGCUAUCCGUGGCACUGCGCGGAUUGCAAGAGAUGCGAGUGUUGCCAGCUGAACACAAACGAAGAGCAAAUGCUGAUUUGCGAUGCAUGCGACCGCGCCUACCACAUGGACUGCAUGGAGCCGCCUGUCGAAGAGGUCCCCGACGGGACCUGGUUCUGUGCAGACUGUGGCCGCUGCGCCUGCUGCGAUCGCCGCCUGAGCGACGAGAAGAUUUUGGAUCCACACUCGUGCGUGGGCAGCAUGCGGCGACUGUGCUUCGAUUGCAAGGAGAGGCACCGGCGGGGAAAGCGAAGUCGCCUGAGUCGUCUAGGCUCCAGUCAAGGCGAUGCAGGGACUCACUCGGCCAAGAGAACGAGUCUGUGUGAUGUUUGUGUGAAGUCCCUGUGUGCAUGCGAAGGAAAGCCCCCCAAAAUGCGCGUAGCCUGUGACCUCUGCAAACAAGUCGUCCACGCAGACUGCGCAAGACUUCCCCAAGAAGACACUCCGGACAAGCAAACGUACUGCCUAACAUGCUAUCAGUUGUCUCUGGAUUUUCAUUAAGACGAGAUCGUUUACGCGGUCAUCGGAGUUGCAACCUCACCUCGUAAUCGGAAAAGCACGAUGUCUAGCUGCUCAACUGCCUCCCGAUUCCAGAUUUUCUCAUUAUUCUCUCCUCUCUUUUUGUCUCCCUUCUCUAUAUUUCUCGCUCUUCCUUCGUUUCGCUCUUUCCUCUUCAGAUUAUCUUCACUGUCUCCUUUCCUUCAUCUACAUCGUCCUAUCUCUGCUCUUUGAGCUAGCAUUGUGUUUUUUCACAAAGGCAGAACUCAUUGUUUCUUCUUUGUCGGAUUGUACAUUUCCAAACGAGUGUGGAUGUUUUUCAAACUUUGUUUCGCCUCCG